CGCCAUGCCCAUCUUAUCCUGUUGUGGGACGGCCUUGGUCGCUCACUGAUCUGUUGAAACGUUGAUGUUAGCAAGCUUCAAAUGUCCAGCCUGCUCCUGUGUGUAGCUUUGUGGAUGUUCCAGGCAGCUCUGAGCGUAAUACGUACUCGAUCUCGUCCUAAGCUGGUCAGUUCGAGUGAUGCGAGCUUGGUGGGAUUCUCAAGUGCAUACCUCUGUGAGAAGGCGUGGAGCCUUGAACACAAAGACUUCAUUCCUCUCCUUGGCAUGCAUAGUCAGUCAUGUUGUAUACAAGCAUCUGAUUAUGACCGGGGCUGAUGAGGCUCGGAGAUGCUUACAACAAUAGCGAUAGGUCGCCUGAAGAGCUUUUUCAAGAGAUCUUCUAGUUUUUUCCGGUCGACGUAGUGCGCCUGAGCGGGC